UGUUAUCAGCAGCUUUACAUGAUCUGGUCAAAGUGCAUCCUACAUGCUGUAGUCACUUGAACUGGUGAAUCAGCAUCCAUUCAAAUUGACUUUGGAAUAACAAGCUUGCAGGAAUGGCGAAAGAGAAAACUAAGUGGAAGGAGUUUUUAGAGACUCUGAGUGCGCUACAAUGGGCCCUGACCUUUCUCUUGUUAGGGGUGAGUUGUUACGUCCUGAUCGUGUAUCUCAUGUUUACCUCUUUGUGGCCGAUCUCCACUCUGUACUUCAUGUGGCUCAUAAAGGACUGGCAAACUCCUGAAAGAGGGGGCAGGAGAACAAAGGCAGUGAGAAAUUGGAGGAUAUGGAAGCAUCUCAGAGACUAUUUCCCCAUCAAAUUGGUGAAGACGGCCGAGUUGAAUCCGAACAAAAACUACAUCUUGGGCUGUCAUCCACACGGUAUCAUGAGCGCCGGAGCGUAUGUCUGCUUCGGCACAGAGAGCUGCGGCUUCUCGGACACGUUUCCUGGGCUACGGGCCUGCCUGGCAGUACUGGCUGGACUCUUCAGGAUACCGUUCUUUAGAGACUACAUAAUGAGUUCAGGCCUUUAUCCAGUCAGCAAACCAAGCCUUGCUCACCUCCUUUCCAAGAGUGGGAAGGGCAAUGCAGUGGUGAUUGUGAUAGGAGGCGCCGCUGAGUCUCUGGCAUCCUCUCCUGGAAUUAACACAGUGUUUGUGAAGCAGAGAAAAGGAUUUGUCAGAGUGGCACUUGAGUUUGGGGCUGAUCUGGUGCCCGUUUACUCAUUCGGGGAGAAUGAACUCUUUAGGCAGGUGAUUUUCUCAGAGGGCAGCGUAAGUCGCAGGAUACAGGACCUGUUUAAGAGCAUAAUGGGUUUUGCCCCAUGUUUGUUUGUCGGUGAGCGCAUGGCCAUCCUGCCCUACAGGGUUCCAGUCACGACCGUUGUGGGAAGCCCCAUUCCAGUCCCAAAGAUCGUCUCACCUACAGAGGAAGAGGUCGACCGCUAUCAUAAACUAUACAUGGAGGGCCUGUCAAAGUUAUUCCAUGAACACAAAGUCAGCUGUGGCCUUUCUGAAAAUCACCAGCUGCGGAUUAUUUAGACAUUUCACCUCCACAUGGACACAUACAAUGAGAAGUGGUGUUUUUUUUGCAG